AUGGUGAACCUCGCCGCAACUGUUGGGAACGUAGAGAUGGCGGAAGGAUGGGCUCAGCAGCUGCGGGAGGACGGCUUCACGCCGGACGCCGGGCUCUAUGUCCUGUUGAUCGAGGCGUCCGCGAAGGCCAAGGAGCCCGAAAAGGCGAUCGCCCACUUCAACCAGAUGUUCUCCGCAGAUGUAGAAAUGACCAGGGCGGCGUUUGUGCACGUCAUCUUGGCCCUUGCGCCGGCCAGAGAUGUAGAAGUGCUCUCCCAAUGGAUGGAGAGGAUGAUAGACAGCGGUUUUGAGCCCACUUUGCAGUGCUACGAAGCCGUCUUGGAGGCCGCGCAGUCGAGGCGGGACGCAGAGCUGCAGGACUUCUGGGAGGAUUUCUGGCUCAAGCGCCUCGAAGGCCAAAAGAAGAAGCCUGACAGGGACGUUUACACAGUGCUCAUCGGGGUGCCGGCCAAGUAUGGCAACGUGAGGCGUGCGGAGCUGUGGUUGACAAAGAUGCGCAAAGCGCACAAGGAGCCCGGCACCAACAACUGGAACACCGUCUUGAAGGCAUGUGAGGUGGCCAAAGACGCCGAUAAUGCCCAGAAGCUCCUCAAUCGCAUGCUCAACAUCAAGAAGGGUCCCAAACCCGACGCGACGUCCUACAACCACGUCAUCAAGAGCUGCGCCAAGGCAGGGAAGCCUAAGCUCGCGAUCGCCUGGUUUCGGGGGAUGAAGAAAGCCGGCCUUUCUGCAAGAGGGAUCCAGUUCAACGAGGUGAUCAAAGCCACUGCCAGCAGUGCAACCAUCUCGGCCGACUACGCUGCCGCAUGGGCCCGGCAGAAUGCGGAGGCCAUCUCGGAGCGCAGCGGGGAGUACCGAGAGCUGCGUGGCGUACUCAAAGAGCUCCCAGAGAAGGUGUCCCACGAGGUGAUGGUGCCCUUCGGCCCCAUGGCCAGCUUUCCAGGGCAGCUGGUGCAUACCAAUGAAGUCCUUUGCCAGCUGUCCUCCGAGUACUUCGCCCUGCGCACCACCGGCAAUGCGCUGAAGAUGGUCGACCGGCGGCUUCGGCGCCUCCAGGAGGAGCAGAGGACCGCCGACCGCGAGCUCCAGGAGCUCUCGCUGCGGCGUCGCCUCGCAGGCGGCGAGGCGGAGGCGGACUCUGCAGCGUCGGGCUCGGGGCCGGGGCCAGACGGGUGCAGCGUCCGCGUGGACGAGAACGGCUUCCUGGACAUCCGGGAGCCCUUGGAGGCAGAGCCGGAAGUUCCCAAGGAGUCGAGCGGAGGCGCCGAAGAGGACGCGUGGAGGUUUUGGCAGAACCCGGCGCGGGACCGAGGAUCCGACUCCACUCUCUCGCGGCUCCGCGAGCUCGAGCAGAUGGAGGAGGGCUCCGACGGCCCGGCUGAGGCCAACUACGAAGACGAGCUGUCGGAGCUCGACCGGAUCGUGGAGUCCUACGCGGACGCAGACGGAACUGGAGAUCCCACCACGGACUUCAACCUCCAGGCCCCUGGUAAAACCCAGGCCCCGAGCCCUGCCGACCUCUUUAGGCUCAUGGAGUCCUCGGAGAGGCGGUCGAAGUCUGCCAAACCUCCCGAAGCUCCGGGAGCUUCCGGGGGAUCUUUGGAGCACCUCGGGGUCUCUGAGACCGUCCGGGAGCAUUCCCAAACCGAGUCGGGGCCGAGCUCUCAGGCCGCUCUGAGACGCGUUUCGAAGUUUAAGGCGGACCGGCAGGAAGGAGCCCAAAAACUCGGAGCGCCUCACGAGCCUCAUGGGAAGGUCUACUGUAGGAGUCCAGCGGGUUUCGUCCCCUCUCGCCCUCCAGGUGCUCACGCCGUACAAGGAGUCCAUAAGUCCCUCUGGGUUUAG